AUGACUUCCACUGGUCAGAUUGCUCUCCCUUUGGAGCUAUGGCUACAAAUCACAUCCUAUCUACCAACUCGCGACAUCAAGUCUAUGCGCCUCGCUGCCAAACAAUUCUCAAACGCAGUGGAACUACCUCUCCAGCGAGUAUUUUUGUCACCCAACCCCUUGAAUAUCGCAGUCUUCCGGGCUGUCGCAGACCAUGAGAAGUUCCGACACCAGGUCACAGAGAUUAUCUGGGAUGAUGCACGACUUCCCAGGGGUCCUCUGAUACGUCACAGGGUUCCUGGCUUGGGAGGUGAAUUGGUAUCAGACGAGGAGGAGAGUGAUAACGAGACUGAGAUUUCUCGUUAUAAGGGAAGCUAUGACCUAGACUGGCCUUUCGAAUAUAGUGAUGAUGAAGAUGAGGAUGAAGAUGAGGAUGACGAGGGAGGCGGCGACCCUUACAACCAGCUACGGAAAAGUUCAAAAUUCAAAAUCAAAGAUUGUCCGAUGUGGUUCAAGGCUGGAUGCGCAGCGAGUGUUGAAAAUGCUUUCUGGCGCCAAGCAAAUGACGAUGAUGGGAUCGAUGGGAUCGACAUGGAACAUCCGGAUUACAAGAGCAUCAGAAAGCUGGGCUCGAUAGGGCCUCCGCUGAGUGAGUGCUGGGAGUUUUACCGCACUUUGAUCAGACAGCAAGACAAUGUCCUAGCUGCGAAAUCCGACGAAGAAGCAUUCAUUCAUGGAUUGAAACAAUUCCCUGCACUCACAAAAGUGACUGUCACUCCUGCAGCACAUGGCUUUCUUUUCAACCCGCUCUAUCAAACUCCCAUGAUUCGAUCAUUCCCGGAAGGCUUCAAUUAUCCCAUCCCUCGCGGAUGGCCACUUCCCGCCCAAGAACAACCAGAGGAAGUGUGCUCCCUUCCUUGGAAUCGGCUCAACGAAGUGCAGAAAGAGAGAUUCCACGGAUUCCGAAUCGUGGUACGCGCGCUCGCUGAACAAAAGAAUGAUGUCCUCGAGUUUAGUCUGGAUUCCCGUCUACUUCGCACUGGGAUCAAUUGCACAGUCCUCGAUGAUUCUGAGGAAUACAAUCAUUUAGCCACGCUGCUUCAGAAACCCGGCUUCCGUCGCCUAGAUCUUUCUUUCACCCUCGGCGGAACAUGGCAGUCACUCCCCCAUCAAAAGCUCCGUGAAAUAUUACGCGGAGCAGGCGAUCUGGAACACCUCAGCCUCGCCACCACGGGCCUCGACCAUGAUAAUGAACAGAAGAAUCUGAAUAUCACACCUGUACCCCUGAAAGACAUAUUUCCUAUCGAGAAAUGGCCCAAACUUCAACACUUUGAGCUAUCACGAUUCAUAGUCGGCGAAUCAGACAUGAUAUCCUUCCUUUCAGAGCUACCUGCAACUGUGCGAUCUGUCCAACUGAGUUUCUUAACAUUCGUGGACAACGGGAAUGACUGGAACUCUUUCUUUAUGAAGAUGCGCGAGGGAAUCCGGGAAGGUCGUCUCUGGUCAGAUUCACAUCGACGGCCAAAUGUGACUAUUGGCUGCGGACAGGAUGUCUCUCUUCCAGGGCGUGCGACAUGGGUUGGAAAAGAGAUGAACGAAUACUUGUACGGGGAUGGUGAAAGCCCUUUCUCUGUAAUUCCAACUCAUUUUUCCAGACCAGGGUAUGGAAGUCAGACAGAUCAAUUGGAUCCCGGCAGGAUUAGGUCAGAGCGGUCGUCUGUCUAUCGUUUUUAG